CUGUAGAAGAAGAAGAGCGAGGCAUUCUAGCGCAAAGUGUGACAAGGCAGAUCUUUGUCACUGCGCGCUUCGGCAUGGAAGCUAAGGAAGAAAAGCAACCCGAGGAAGUCAAGCCCGAGAAGGAAGACGCGGAAAGCGAAGAGGUUCAGCAGCCCAGGGAAGAGCUGAUCCUCUCGGCGAGCGCUCUAGCGGUGCUCGCCUUCGAGGUGGCCGUGAUCACUCUCGUGGUCAUGUACAUCCUGAUCACCACGCCGAGCAGGUCGCCGUUUGUGGAGUUCAUCGAGCCCUGCCUCAACCUGAGUUGCUUCCAGCUCGACCUGGAGCUGCACACGUCGAUGAACCUGUCGGUGGACCCGUGCGCGCACUUCUACGAGUACACGUGCGGCCAGUGGGGCGACCACCACCAGGGAUUCGCGGACCAGUUCGACCUACUAGAGACCAAGGUCUCCAGCUUGGUGAAGCACCGUCUGAUGGAGGAGGAGGCAAAGCUCGCGGCUGGAGGCUCCUCUCAUGCCACUGACCAAAGUGCUGCGCACUACCUGUCGUGCGUAGACGUCUACUCUAAACAGGGCGACACGUCGUCGGUGAUUAAAGAGCACGUGUUCUCGAAGCUCGAGGAAGGUUUCACAGACCAAACGAAAAAGAUACCUUCGUCACUGCAAGAAACGCUCAACCUCCUGGUACACCUGUCCCUCGAUUGGAACUUGGGUAUUCUCGUAGACUUGAUGAUCGCGCCGUUCCACAACAGCGCGGCGCAGCAACAACAAGCGCAGGACAAAAUAAUCAUGCAUAUCGAUUACAGCGAUAGCGUCCCGCUGUGGAAAAUACACAAGGAGAAGUUUCUUACACCGGAAAAGCUUACGCGUUGCUUCCUAGACUUCUCGAGCUUGUUUUCGAGCGGGGACGGGAAGGACGUCGAUGUAGCGGAACUAGUCAAGGUCGACGUCUCCCUUUCCACAAAAUGGAGCCUGGCGUCCUCCUCUCCAGAAAGAAAGCCAAAGUACAUUCAGGUAAAAGACAUACCUUCUACGAAGCUGAAAGCUACAGACUGGCUGUCGGCGCUUAACGGGCGCCUUCCACAGGACGCACAGCUCACCGAGGAUAGCGACUUAUACGUAGGCGACUUCGGAAUGUUUGCCCUUACUGAAGAGGUGCUCUCGGAGGGCGAGUUGAAGUUCUUCUACGCACUCGUUAGGUUCCACGUAGCGCGACUCCUCGCGCCUUUCACUUCGUACAAGUUGAUGCUCUCCGUCCUGGGAAAUCCGCCCAAUACCCCGGCUGUUUCGCAGAUCGUCACGAGGGUGUGCGUCGCCGCUGUUGACCGGCUCUUUCCGUUUGCGUGGCCGGUAUUCGUCUUCGGCGCCAACAUCACGGGCGAGAAAAUGAAGAAGGUUCAGGCACUGUACGUGGAGUUGAAGGACAAGACGAAGACGGCUCUGUCUUGGCUCUCGGACGACGACCGGCAAGCCGCCGAGGCGAGGCUCGACUCUUUAAUCCCCGUCGUCGGUUGGCCCGAGAAAUUUAACGACCCGAACGAGCUGGCCAAGCUGUAUCCGCAAGUCCAGGAUAAAAAGGCCGCCUUCAUCAAGACUUACCUGACCUCCAUCGAAGCGCUCAACGGGAAACGCAAAUCCGACCUGGCCGCCGGCCAAGGAAGCACGCAUCCGGAAACUGAAGGCGACAAUCUUCGGUCUUUCGAAGCCACCGCGAUGUACUCGUUGCGGCGUGGCAGUUUGUACGUCUCGCCGGCCAUUUUGUUCGAGCCGUUCUUCGUUCAGGAGAGCGACGCGUUCACGUGGGGGUCCCUGGGCCACGUCCUGGCGCAUGAACUCUGGCACGCUGCUUUCGGUGACUUCACUCUCGGCCUGUCGCCGGUGACGGACGUGGUCGUCAGCGCAACGCGCUUUAACAAGCACGCGUGCGUCUCCCAGGCCGUGCAGGAUGCCGGGAGCGAUGCCAAGACCGCGUCCUUCUCAGCACCCGAAGACUUUGCCGACGUCGUCGGUUUGCAGACUGCGAGCUCUUCCUUCGCCAGUAGCAGCGACAUUAGCGAAGCGGGCACUGUUGGUACCGCGGGUUUUACCCCCGAGCAGCUGUUUUACAUUGGCUCCUGCUUCAAGUGGUGCGCGCAAAACGGUGACGCUCAUCCGCUCGGUUCCGUGGCUAACACGAAGCCGUACGUGCGAUGUAAUGCUCCCAUCAUGAUGACGGCUGGCUUCGCUGAAGCGUUCGAGUGCCCCGUCAACAGUCCCAUGACGAAACUUCAAACCGCUGAGCACUUCUGCAACGAAUCGAACUCGGGAGAUCGCCCAGCUUCUCAAGCCAUAAAAUGACUUGGGUUUGUUUGCUCGAGUAUUCAAAGCUCUUUUCUUCAUUCUUCUUUAUUUUUUUUUGAGCAACUCUUCUCAAGAGCAAUUUUGCGGACACCGGUCCUAUUAAGGUCGGUGAUUUAUGUGCUGCUGAUGCCAUGGAUAUUGUAAUCGGGAAAUAAGAGUCGCGAAAUGUCUAUCGAAAUCAAAGGAAAGAGAUUUGCUUGUGUACCUUGAAUCUUAGGUAGGAGAUGCAGCAUAGAUUGCGAAUGCGUGAAAUCACUUGUGCGCUAGAAAAUGAAUCUUACAUCGUAAUGGUUUGUCUCUAAAAGCCACAGUACGGGCGCUCAUAGAUGUAAUCUGGUUGAAGAAACGAAAUCGCUAUUUAAUUUUUCUUGUGACCACGUCGCAACACAGAUAAGCUCACUAUUAGACUGAUGCAUUUUCCAAUGUUGUAUCUGGUAAAGUAUUUCCAAAUGUCAUGGCUGAUUGAUUGCUCUCAGACAUUCUUAGUAACCUGCUUUGUUGACAGUGUACAUG